AUGCCCUUCCUCAAGUCGGCAACAGCAGCACCAACCACCACGAACCAAGCCUCGACCUCAUCUGCCUCGAAACCAACCUCGGUCUCCGCCACAACCAGCAUCCCUUCAAAAAACCAGACCGGCACCCGCUUACCCACCUCCCCAAGCGCACUCAAGAGCCUACUGGCCCCCUUCAACUCAAUCCCAACGACCGACCAGACUGCUUUCGACCCACCAGCAGCACCCACAAAUCAACACAUCCCAUCACCAUCCAAGCCACAGCCCUCAUCGCCCAAACCCGCAGCAUCCCAUCCCGUUCAUUGCCACUCCGUCCAACCACCCACCUCGGAUCAAAUUACUACCGACGCAGACCAAACCGGUGGCCCCGACUCAAGCCUCAUCCAGGCUAAUCAUCUUGCUAAAUAUAGUCCAGCUGCCAGAAUCCCUGGCACCAAUCGUAUCGGCAUCGAUCUCGGUCAACGGCCGGCUUCCCCUCAAAUCUCCGUACGAAAUGCUUGGCAGUACCUUCCAUUCCUCACCAAACAAGCCACCAACAUUGCCAGCUCAUUUGUUUUCCAUCACCUUAAGGGACCACCCAAAAAGUCAUGGGGAAUUGAAAUGACGAUCUUCACGGCGAUCGUCCGAGAGAUGGCCAAUUACACUCAUCUCUCAUCGAUCCACCAACUACGGACACUGAUGGACUUUGGACAGAUCCUACCCACCCCAAAGGACGGGAUCAUCACCCCGGUCUCAUUCAAAGUCAAACCCAACAAUCUCACCGGCUUCUUGAAGGAGCUCGAUCAGGCCGAGAAGGGCGAUAGGAUCUUGACCGGAGAAUGGGUCGUCAGCAAGAAGACUUGGAAACGUUUGCAGACCGAGAGCCUCGCCAGACGGACCCGCGAUCGUGAACAGGGUAAAGAUUACGGGUUCGGUCAACCAGCCGAUCUCCUCCCCAACCCUCAUCAUCAGCACGGUCUCGGGCAGGAUAAGGUGAUCUAUUUCAUCCAUGGCGGUGCUUAUUUCAUCAUGAGUGCUUCCACUCAUCGUCCGCUCACCAUCUCGAUUGCGAAAUAUACAGAAUGUCGUCUAUUUGCCAUCAAUUACAGACUAGCGCCUGAGACCAAGUUCCCUGGCCCACUGCACGAUGCCGUGGCAGGCUAUUUCAGGCUACUCAACGAUCUUUGCAUACCCGCCCAAAAUAUCGUCGUUGCAGGCGAUAGUGCUGGGGGAGGUCUCGUGAUGGCCUUGUUGAUGUAUUUGAGAGAUGAGGGAUAUCCUUUGCCUUCAGCUGCAAUGCUCUACAGCCCUUGGUGCGAUCUGACGAUGAGUUGCGAUAGUUGGGAAACAAACCAGCCAUAUGAUUUCUUACCCAUGCCCAAGCCAGAUGAUCCAUUAAAUCCGGUGAAGUGCUACCUCGGAGAAGACGGAAUCAAGAAAUGGAUCACCCACCCAUACGUCUCCCCAUUAUUUGGAGACAUGCACGGCCUACCACCGCUCUUGAUCCAAGCUGGCGAUGCUGAAGUGUUGCGAGACGAGAUCACACUACUGGCUCACAAAGCCUCCUUACACGGGGUCAAAGUGAUUCACGAAAUUUACGAAGAUUGCGUGCAUGUUUUCCAGGCAUUUUUAUUCUUAGAAUCCAGCACAAAAGCCCUGCAAUCCAUGCGAAAUUACAUCCGGCACGUUCUCCCGAAGAUGUCACAUGACGAGGCUUCGGAUAGUGAGGAGGUGCUGUCAGCUGACGAAGACUCUGGCGAGGAAGAUGAAGUCUUGGAUGCAUCGGCCGAAGCAGCUGGUCCAUCGCAAGCUCACGAACAACAACCCACAGAUCCGCUCGCAUCCGGCUCGGAUACGACCGUGAACGCUGACCUCCAGGCGAUCUUCCAUAACCUGAUCACCACCCCCUCCGAGCUCAAGACAACGGUAUACACCCAAAGCGACGACGAAGAGGAGGACCAAGAGACCUACUUCCAGCCCUUCAACCCGCUCCGAACCAACCUCCACCCCGAUCAGCAAAAUCUUCAGCAGCAGCAGCAUGUGCGCUCUGCUAGCCCUGCUGACACUGUUACUGCCUCCGAUAACGUGCCUGCAGCACACUUGCCUUCCAACCACAGUCAACCUGCUUGUUUCAAGGCGCCCAAUGUGCUGAUCUGCUGUGGAGAUGUUCAAUUGUUUAGGAAUCAUUCAGAGUUGCAAACCUUUGUGGCUCACAUCAAGUACCACCAAGUGGGAACAUUUUGGCAAUAUUAUAGUGGAGAGAAGGUUAUUUAUGGGAGCUCUAUUGCAAUUGAUGGAUCAAUUGACUCUAUUCAAACCAGUGGUGCGAGUGGGAUUUACAAAAGGCAUGAUUGCACUUCUGGCCACUAUGAACGUCUUCCCUAUUUCAAGGGAACGAUUCACUCCAUCUAUCAUGUGCACAAAUAUGAUAUCUUCCGAGUUAGCCAACUGCCGAUUGCAACUUCAAGUGACAUCUCUCUAUCCCAUGAUUGGCCCGUCGGUAUUGAGCAGUAUGGGAACAUAGCUCAACUUCUCUGGGCAGAACAUUUUUUUAAGGAUGAGGCGGCAAAGGUUGCUUCAAAAACGCCUGGCUGA